AUGGAAUCUGAACAACCCAUUACUAGUCCAAUGUUUACAAAUUCAAUUAUGAUGGAACCCUCGAAAAAACUUAAUGGUAUUACAUCGAUUGUACGAGAUCCAUCAAGGUCUUCAGUAGCUGAACUUAGAAGAUUAUCUAGUAUGUCUAUAAAAAAAGAUUUUUCAGAUUUACAAAUUCCAACAAUAACAGAAAAUGCUGAAGAUGUUACUGGUCUAAAAGGACGUAUUCGUCUUCAAAAAACUGGUGAAAGACGUAAUUCACGUAAUUGGAUGGAUCUACAAAGAAAAAAUAUUCAAGCUUAUGAAUAUUUGUGCCACAUUGGAGAAGCUAAAGAAUGGAUAGAAACAUGUAUUGCAGAAGAGAUCGAUCCAAUUAUCAUGUUGGAAGAAAGUCUUAGAAAUGGAAUCGUACUUGCUAAACUAGCCAAAUCUAUCGAACCAUCAGUUGUUAGAAAAAUUUUUACAUCGCAAAAAUUACAAUUUCGUCAUUCGGAUAAUAUCAACUUUUACUUUGCUGCUAUACAAAAAGUUGGGUUACCUAGGAUUUUUUGGUUUGAACUAACUGAUUUAUAUGAAAAGAAGAAUAUUCCUAAAGUAAUUUAUUGCAUACAUGCUUUAAGAAGAGGUCUUACAGCUCGGAUUAAAAACUUGAUUGGAAAAUUAGAAUUUACAGAUGAACAAAUACAUAUUACACAAAGAGGAUUGGACGCAUCAGGAAUAAUUAUGCCAAGUUUCGCUAAUGUUGGAAAUGUAUUGGCUGCUGAAUUAAAUGAGCCACCAAUAAUGGAAAUGGCGAGUACUAUUGAAAUGUAUGAACCAAUUGUAGAAAAAGUUUCUGAAGAAGAGAAAAGGGCAAAAUUUUGGGUCGAAAACCAAAAUUCUAUUGUACAAUGUCAAGCAAUUGCACGUACUUAUCUUGCAAGAAAACAUUUACUGGAAAGACGUGCUUUACAUGAAUAUUCUUUGCCUUUUAUAGUUCGUCUUCAAUCACAGAUUAGAGGAUGGUUAGUACGUACAGAAUGGAAUCAACGGUUAAAUCAAAUGGAAAAAUUAGAAAGAUGGGCUGUAAAA